CUUACAUGUAUAUUUUACAUUGGAGCUGACUAUGGAUUCCGAAACUGGCAGUAGUGUGGGUUUAACCACACAGGAAGCUUUAAGUCGUUUAUGUCAAGGUAUCGAAACUGUUGUGCGUGAAUAUGAAGAAUUCCAACUAAAGAGCUGCUAUGGUUCAUGGCUGAAGGAUACUUUCCAUCACAAAAGUCGAUACACCACACUGUGCUGGACAUCAGCUCUUGCCCUUAUUUUAAACUCUCUAGCGCUGUUUCUGGCUUACCUUGCAUCCAGUGAUCUAAGGAAUAGCAGCUUGCCAUUGGAAGGGAUUGUUAUACUGGUGUUUGUCACAAUCAACGUAAUUUGUGUCGCUAGAGAAAAUAACCUGAGAUAUGGAGAAAUACCACAGAGAAUUUGUAACCUGCUGGAAAAAUUGAAAGAUGCUACAAGAAGCUGUUAUUGGCUACCGGAGAACUAUCCACAUCUCUGUUCACCAUUCUCACCGUGCAUUACGCUGCAGUGGACAUAUCGUGAUGGUCAUCUUAUAAACCUGCCGUGGGCAUUACUGGUUACUGGUGAUGUAAUUAUGAUUCGUCCUGGUCAGCAGGUCCCUGGGAAUUGUAUACCCUUUGAGGAUGAGGAAGCACCAGUUCUUCAUGCACAUGAAGUAUAUAGUCCCACGCUCCACUCAGUUCGUGAGCCGUUUAGUGUCCCUAUGGCUCGUUCCCCAUUGUGCAAUAAGAAAUAUAUUCUUCAGGAGACCCCAUACUUGAACAAUCUACGUUUGGCUCUGCAGCAGGCUCUGGACAGACCAGUGACAUACCAUAACAGACUGCGGCACCUUCUCAUGCUUACUUGUGUGGAACAGCUUACACUUCCCGUCACCCUGGUAUGUGUGCUGUUUGUCAACCUUAUUCGCUUCUUAUACCUCAGCAGAUGGGUUGGAGUAGGUCACUGGACAGAGAUGUUCCUCCUGCAGACAGUAGCUGUUGCACUUCCACUUCUGCCAGUUGUUUUUCCAAUGGCCUGGCUCAUUCUGGAUUCACUGGGUAUGGCUCGCAUACAGGCCCUGGUCCACAUGUCCUCUCAGUCACAGGUUAGCACACUUUAUGUAUCACACCAUUCAUUAAGCAUACACACAAAUCCCACAGAACACACUGUAUAGCAGCAGUGAAAGGAGAAAACAUUGUUUCCACUUUAAGCUACACAUUGCUACUGUUGCUAGUUCACACACUCUGAAAUUCACUACUGCAUGCACUAAGUUUUCUCAGUCUACUGUGUCUUCACCGGUUGUCUAGUAACUGCUUCCAAUGAUGUAGCUUCCUCAUCUACCAUGUUCACAUCCUUACUGGCCAGCAACUAUCUCACAACUAACUUGGUGUUGCUAUACAACAACGUACAACAAUGGGAGCUCCUCUACUUCCCACACCUGCACCAGGGGCGACCAUCUCACACCAGCCUCAGACUCAGACUGGUGUAUCUGCCUUCAGACUGCAUAGACUUACAGCUGACUUAGUUGUGUUUCAGUUCUCCAGAUAUUGCCUCUGCAUGGACCAAACAGAAAACACUAUUUGUUACAACUGUGGUAUUGUAGUCAUGCAGUUGCCAAGGCAGACUGCACAGAAAAUGCUACUUCUGACAGUUUUUCUAUUGUUAUGUGAAUAACUGUUACUAUGCAGACAUAGCGUUUCAUGUUCUGCUGUUGCUUCGCUCUUUAUUAACCUAGUUAACGGACAUCUCUUCUGGUUAAACUUCCAGCUUUCAGUGAGCAUGACACACUGCUCCCUCCUUAAUGCUGCUUGUCCUCAGCAGCCAACAGGCGAACAGCUAUUUCUUCAUUCCCAGUCGGUGUGAGCAAAACUUCCAAGAGUGGUCAGUGCUCCUACAUCCCUGGCUCUUAAGCUGCUGGUAGUCUCUUCUUUCCUUUGGAUGGUGGCCAGCUCCUCCACAGCUCCCUGACCCUUGUUCUUCAGGGUCUGAUGGAAGACCUGACUGUUCAUUUUGCGAUCUUCAGCCCUAGGGUCUGUCUCAGGGCUUCACUAACAUUUCCUUUACUCCCCCAGUUGUAGCAGGCCUUAGUCCCUUAUGCCAUUGCUGCAUUUCAGCUGCAUCCGUCAUCUCUCACUGAACUCCUCUCUUUUGGGGCUGCUUGUAAAAUGUCGUCUUUUGUCCACCUUUUCCAUGGGUUGCUGUAUCCCAUAGCCGGUUGCUAGUCCCCAGAUCAGUCCUCCAGUGUUCCUAUAGUCUCCACUGCAGCCUCUUCUUUACGGACUUGCUGACAAAAUACUGCCCGUGGCCUUCAUUUCUUCCAGGCCAGUCUUAAUUUUGGCUUCCGUUGGAGCCUGGCCACUGUCUUUCCUAGACUGGCUUUCAUUAUGGCCAUCAUCCUUUCUUAAUUUGCUUUCAUUUCUGCUCUCAUCCAUUCUAUGAUAGCUUCCAGAUGUUCAAAUCCUCCAUGAUUAUCCAUCACUUGGGUUCCAAUCCAACCAGUCCUGUCCAGUUAUCCCACUUCUGACAUCAAUUGUCAUGUGAUUGAAUUAAUAUAGAUGGGUUUUGGAUUGGGAACUGCAUUCAUUGGACUGUAACAGUUUCGUGGAUCUACACACAUAACAGACCACUACGGCAUGCACUAGGUCUUGCCAGUAUUCUGAUGUCUUCACCGGUUGUCACCUGGCAACACUCCCAACAUUGUAGAUUUCUAAGCCUCCAUGUUCCACAACUCAUGUCCUCACAGGCUGGUGUCUGUCUUACAAGAAGACUCAGUAUUGCUAUGCAGCGGCUUGCAACAUUGGACGUUUUGUGCCCCCCAUGCCUCUGCCAGGGACAACUGUGUGACAGCCUCUGACAGAAUCGUCUGUAUGUCCACGAUGCAGAUACAGCUGGGGGCUGCAUAGAAAACACUGGGUCAUAUGUUAUCAUGCUGUUCCUUAGCAACGGCUGUCUCUGCUGACUUCACAAUCCUUGCUUUAAGCAGGCAUGCCACAGUAUUAAUUUUAAAGAUAAACGAUAACAGACAGAUGUAUAGCUAACACAUAAGUAUAUUUCCCUGUAGUGGAGAACCUUCUGAUGAUGGCCAGUAUGGACUGAAGCAUGUAAAGGCGUAUUUAUUUGUAUAUUUUUGUAUUAAAGCCUACAAUUUGAAUAUCUGACUGAAUCUUUUAACAUAUACUUUCAGGCAGAUAAUUAAUCAGAUCUUCUACAUAUAUGUAUAUAAACAUAAACAACACUGUCGUAAUAUUUAAACACCUCUUCAUGCCAGGAAACAAACGUAACUUGAUGUUGUACACCAGAAAAGGAGGUCACAGUCAUAGUCACAGGGCAGCAAACCUCCUAACAUGACCAAAACAGAAAUAUUCAAUUAUCAGAUCGAUUACAGGACAGUAUUUUUCACCCUAUGUUUUAAUCAUUUUCAUGUAUAAUAUUAUUCUACUUUCUAUCCAGGAACGAAAUUUUGGAUGACACAAACGCCAACGAAUCACUGAAUUGGUUGCAUAUCCAUCCACGAGAAAGGGGGGAAAGAAUUCACUGAUAACUAUUUUUCGUCAUAACGUUAUGCCAUUGGAGGGCAGCAUAAUGCCAUAAUAUGUAAUAUUCGGUAACUAUUUGUAUCACCAUGGGGGAGCGCAAACUCGUGAGGUGGAAGCGGCGUUUUCGUCACAGUCUAAGUUAUCACGUAGGAAUAAAACCUCGGAAUAUAAGGGCAUAGAUUGAGAUUAUAGUUAGAAAAACAGUCCAAACACUGAAUUUUAUACAUAACGUCAUUUUUCGAUUUAUAUUCCAUGUUACGACAGUCCUUGAUUACAUUCGUUUAAAUAGCAGUUUCAUAAAUGACGUCACUGUUAGGUGUGCGCAAUAGACUACUACGCAUCAACCUGUGACUUGGUGGGCUAGCCCCUGGGGUACGAUUCGCUGAUGUUAGGUUAGGUUUGCGCAGUAGACUACUGCGCAUCCCUCUGUACCUUUGAUGUGGCGAAGCUCGGUAAGUUACGCUAAUGUUAGAUUUUGAGGGUACAUUAUGAUGGGUGUGCACAACUGACUACCGCGCAUCGUUAUGCUCAGUUGAGCAAGGUUUGGCCGUCGGUAAUAGAUUACGAUAGCGUAUGAAAUCAUUAUAUAUUUUUAUACGGGACAUUUUAUUUCCAAAUUUUCUCACAUGAUAAACCC